AUGUCUGAAGAUGCGAAGAAGCCUCAACAGUCUCUACAUAUCAAUCUUAAGGUCAAGAACCAGAAUGGGAAUGAAAUCUUCUUCAGGAUUAAACGUACAACCAAGCUCAAGAAAUUGAUGGAUGUCUACUGUAGUCGUGAAGCUGUGAGUUUUAAUUCCGUUGCAUUCUUGUUUGAUGGCCGUCGCCUUCGAAGAGAUCAAACUCCAGGGGAGCUUGAGAUGGAAGAUGGUGCUGAGAUUGAUGCAAUGCUUCAUCAAUCUGGAGGUGGUUGCUGA